GUGAAAAAUAACAGAAAUGGCCGCUCGUACGCUCAAGUUUUUCGUCUGACGUUAUCGAAUACAAGUGUCAUAAAAAUAAAAGAGGCGGCACUGUACGAAUAUCUGUACACAUUUAAGUUACUUGGAUGCAGCAUUUUUGUGUUUGGAAGGUGACAAAGUAUGCCAUCCAAAACAAUUUAUUCGCAUAGAGACCCUAUGCUGAAGAAAAGAGAUGACUUUGAGGACAUUUUGGAGGAGAGGAGGAACUCCAGUGACCUGAGAUACGCUCUCAGAUGUUAUACUCCUGUUCUUUACAAAGGAGUGCCUCCCAUUAAAGCCAGCAUGUUAAAGAGUAUGGUGCUUCAGUCUGGCCAGAUACGCUACAUCAUCAGUCAGGUUUCCAAAGAGAUGGGCAGGGCUAAUGAUGACAUUUUGGAGGAGGCGUCAGCCAUCUUGGACGAGAUGGCUCAACGCCUGCAGCUUAGCACCGUUCGCUUCUUCGUCUUCACACUCAGCAAAGUCUUUAAAAUCUUGUUCAGGAACAUCUGUGUCAAUGAAGAGGGCAUUCAGAGACUCCAACAGGCCAUUCAGGAGCAUCCUGUUGUUCUCUUACCCAGUCACCGCAGUUACAUGGACUUCCUGCUGGUGUCGUACAUCAUGUACACCUACGAUCUGGCACUACCUGUCAUUGCUGCUGGCAUGGACUUCAUUGGGAUGAAGUUUAUUGGGGAGAUGCUACGGAUGUCUGGAGCGUUCUUCCUUCGGAGGUCAUUUGGUGGAGACAAACUGUAUUGGGCUGUAUUCUCAGAGUAUGUCAAGACUAUGGUCAAGAAUGGAGUUGCACCAGUUGAAUUUUUCCUGGAGGGAACCCGAAGCAGAACGUGCAAGUCUUUGACUCCAAAAUUAGGUCUGUUGAAUAUAGUGAUGGAUCCAUUCCUCAAAGGGGAGGUGUUUGAUAUUAGCUUGGUCCCUAUCAGUAUCAGCUAUGAGAGGAUCUUAGAGGAACCACUCUAUGCCAGAGAACUGCUGGGUGUCCCCAAACCCAAAGAGUCCACUUCAGGCCUGUUUAAAGCCAGAAAAGUCCUCAAUGAAGACUAUGGCAGUAUCCACGUGUACUUUGGUCAGCCUGUGUCACUCAGAAGUAUAGCUGAGGGAAGAGUUAACCGCUGCCAGUUCAACCUGAUACCAAGACACAUCCCCAGGAAGCCCAGUGAGGAGAUCCACAACUUUGUCAAUGACUCUGCCUACAGGCUGGUACGGGCGCAAGAGGAGAACAUGGUCCUGAAGCCGUGGGCCCUACUGGCCUCUCUGCUGCUCCAGAACCACCACCAGGACCAGAAGAUGGAGCAGACACAAGGGAUUGCACUGGACAAGCUGACUGAACAGGCUCUGUGGCUCAGGGAUGUUUCCCGACAGUACGGAGCUUUCCUCCUCUGGCCUGACCACAUGCCUCCAUCAGAAAUAGUCUCCUCCAGUCUUUCUCUGCAUCAAGGCCUAGUGAGGAUCUCUGAGGGAAGAGUCCACCUGGCGUUGGAACAAGCAGGAAGAAAAGCAGGGCCAGGGGAGCCUCAAGGCGCUGUCACCCCAGAGGAGGAGCUCUGGAGUCAGGCAGUCAUCGUACUCUCCUGUGCCUCCUACAGGAACCAGGCUAUGCACAUCUUCCUCCGGCCAGCGCUGCUAGCCUCCGCCAUCCACGCUGCCACCUCCAACAAAAAACAGGAGGUCUUCAACACUUUCAGCUUCCUGAGAAACAUGUUCUCCAAUGAGUUCAUCCUCUGUCCAGGCGCUACAGUGCAGGACUUUGAGGAGGCCUGUUACCUGCUAAUGAAGACCGGAGCGCUGCAGGCCAGCCAGCAGGAGCUUGUGGUGACAGAGAAAGGGCACAGAACACUGGCCUUUCUCACCAGUAUGCUUGACCCAUUCUUACAAGGAUACCAGGUGGUGUGCAGGUUCCUGUGUGAAGAGGCCACUGAGAAUUUGACAGAAAAACAGUUUAUUCCAUCCAUCCGGAAGUUCAUCGUGAAACUUCUUCUAUCAGGUAGUCUAAGAUACACCGAAGUGUUGUCGUUUGACCUCCAGAAGAACGCUCUGGCAGCUUUGCUAAGACUUGGAGCUGUACAGAAAAUCAAAGGAGCAGAGCAGGAGACUUUAAAGGUGAACACGGUGAUGGUGAACUCACUGGAAGACACUUUAGGGGGAAAACUCCCCACUCAGAACGCCGUCAUCGCUCGGCUAUAAUUUACCCACCCCAUUUAGCCGAGGUGUUGAAUUUUUUUCAUGCAUUGAUGAACCGUGAAGAUGUCUUGGUGCUUCUCUGCACUGUACGGUUCGAUUUGGCCCGGCUUACCACAAAGGCAGUCCAGCCUGCUCUCUAUGAGAGAUGGAACAAACGCCAUCUGGAGACAGCUCAACCCGUUUUACUUUCUUUUUCUUCAGACUCGGUGUUCUCAUAACUUCUCCUUUCAAGAUGCCCUUUUCUUUCUGAGGUUGUUCUAUUAAAAAAUGUUUUAUAUGCAUACAUAAAACUGGAGGAUGAGUAAGGCCAUUGAAGGCAUAUUGCUAAGCUUAUUUGAUUCAUUCUGAAUAACUGACCUUUUGCAGUUAUGAUCAGCUUGUAAAAGCUUUUGGAUGUGCCAAAUCCACUCAGGAUAGUGGCAGUUCUCCAUUAAUGCAUUGGGUAUGUAUCCUCUAACACUCAGCAGGGUUUUUCACUUUGUUAUUUUCAGUCUGAGCUUCAGACUGUGUCUGUUACUGCUAGUCCCUUAGUCUUGUCUCUCUUAUUGAGCACUUUAAUGUGAUGUGGGCCUAUCUGUUAGCUCUUUUCCCCUUACAUUUUCAGUUUUUGUACAACAAGAGUAGUUAAAAUUGCUGGAUAAGAAAAUUUGAGUGGUUACAUAUCAGGUUUUGGUAAAAUCUAUAUUCUUUUUGUACUGUGUGAACUAAAAAGUUUAUAUAUGCGAGUUGAACUUGCCACAUACACAAAGCCAGCUUCAAAAACAGCUGGUGCAAGGUGUCAGUGUUGGAUUUAAUCCACCCUGGUUCAAGUUUGUCGCCCAGCCAUUACUCCAGACAAAGGACUACAUUAAUCUUUGUUUAUAUAGUGGAGAUAAUACUACAAGUCUAAUGGCAGUGUUACACAGUCGCCACCCUCCUUACACUACCAGCUAUACCAAAGGAAUAAGUUUGUCAUUUUUGUUCAUUGUUUCCUUAUGUUCUCAAGUCACAUAGUUACAUAUAUUGCAGUUUAUAAUCCAGCCUUCAUUUAUAUUCAAAGAAAUAGUACACACUUUGUAUUGUUUUGUUACAAGGGAAGGAAAAAUAAACUGAAACAGCAGUAACUGUGACACAGAGACUCAGAGGAACUAUGCUGAUUACACACAAGAAGCUUGAGAAGUGUCAGACCAACAGGUGAUUUUCUUUUGUGUGUGUGAGACUCAGGAUUACCCACUUAGCUGACAUGUUCAAAAGGGAAUCAUUUUACAGCAGUGAUGCCAGAUUAAAACUAGAUUGGUUUAAAGAUCCUUAUAUUGAAGUUAUUUAUUUGAGUUAUUCAGUAAAUCCUGUUACCUUGAAAUCACAUCUCAGUGUCGCUACAGGCAGAGCUGCUUAGGGGGCAGAAAACGUCUAAACCUCAAAGUAGAGCACACAGGCUCCUCGAUAUGGUAAUUUCAGACUGAUCCCCCCCCCAAA